UUCUCCCUCACUUCAUCACCACUCUGCUUCUCCCUCCCUUCCCAGUUACAUCAUAUAUCUCUCCCAACAUUCUACAUUGAGACCAAAGCAUUAUUUAUUGCCAAAAGUCUGCAUUAAUUGUGAAGGUGUAGUGUUCUCAUAACUGUAUGGGUCUCACAAGUUUGCAAGUCUGCAUGGAUUCAUCUGUUGACUGGUUGCAGGGCACAAUCCAUGAUGAGGGUGGAAUGGACUCAUCAUCUUCACCAUCUGGUGUGGACAUUCUGACAUGCUCAAGGCCAUUGAUAGAAAGAAGGCUAAGGCCACCCCAUGACCAAGCACUGAAAUGCCCAAGAUGUGAGUCCACACACACAAAGUUUUGCUACUACAACAACUACAGCCUUUCCCAGCCAAGGUACUUCUGCAAGACCUGCAGAAGGUACUGGACAAAAGGUGGAACCCUGAGGAACAUUCCAGUGGGGGGUGGGUGUAGGAAGAACAAGAAAGUCUCUUCUUCUUCUAAUAAUUCCUCCUCUUCUUCAUCAUCUGCCAACAAGAAAUCAUCAAAUGACCAUAACCAAUUCCCUCAUCCUCCUCCUCCUCUUUAUCAUCAUCACCAAAAUCUUGGCCAAUCAUCAUCCUCCACUUCUUCUCCUGGCUCUGCUGGCAUUAACCCCACAGAUCUCCACCUCUCAUUCCCUGCAGAAAUGCAAUUCUCACACCAUUUCACCAAUUUCCACUUGGCCCCCCACACUGGUUUCUUGGGGAUUGAGAGCCCCACCCCAAUAGAUUUCAUGGAAGGGAAAUAUGAUUCAGGGUUUGUGAUGGGUGGUGGCACUUGUACUACUCCUCCUCCUUCAAGAAACCAAGAUUUUCUUGGGAAUAACAAUGGAGAUUUUGGGAUUAUGGCUCAAACUACUUUCCCUACUUCUAUUAGCCCUCAAUUUGGAAUGCCCAUUGAUGGGAACUCUGUGGGGCCUACUCUAAUGCUCCCCUAUGAUCAUCAUCAUCAUGGGGAUCAUCAUCAAUUCAAUAAUGCAAUGCAUCAUAAUCAUCAAGAUGUGAAGCCAAAUCCCAAGCUCUUGUCCCUUGAAUGGCAUGAUCAAGGCUGCUCUGAUGCUGGGAAGGAUUCCUUUGGUUAUCUCAAUGGAGUUGGCUCUUGGACUGGCUUGAUGAAUGGCUAUGGCUCUUCUACAACAAACCCUUUAGUCUAAAGCUCUUGAUUACCUCAAUCAAUCUGCACCUCAUUGCUUUAGUAACAUAUAUAGCUUUCCUUAUUCAUCAUGCAUCACCAGGGCUUGAGAUUUAACUUCUUAUAAGUAUCAAUAUAUCCUAAUAGCUAGGGUAGGGUUAUAUGUCACGUUCGAGUAUCAAUGCUGAUUCGAGGCAUCAAAAUACAACUUACGAAAGCCUGUGCAGGAGGUUUUGAGGCAUUAUAAAGGUAGCAUUAUAUUAUAUUCGAGUAAUAUAAUGUUGUCAUGAGUAUGGACACUUUUGGUCCUAUGAACGACUGAUGGUCGAUUUGGAUAUAUUUUUCAGCUCGAUGGAAAGGUAUUAAUUUUGAGAGAAUUUUCCUUGAUUGUGUGAAGGGGUAGUAUUAUAUUCCCUGUUUUAGUUUAAUUCGCUUCAUUAACUAGGUGCGUGUGAAUGAGGUUUGUAAAAGUCCAUAUUUCACUUUUUGAGUGCUUUAAUUUAAUAUAUUACUUUAACAUUUCUAGUCC